CCUUUUCCUCGUAUUAAAGUGGGAGUGCUUCACAGUUUGUUCAUCUACUUCCAUAAUCAUCACUGUUUCGAUUUUCACGUCUUCAAUUAUUCGAUCUUCUUUCAUCAAAUUUUCAGCUCAUAAAAACUAUCAAUUUCAACAAUAUAUUCCUUUUCCUUUAUCCGGUUCGUUUCAUAUUUCGGACUUCAGCAUUUAUUGUCCAUUUGUUUGUUUCACUUCUCAAACCACUGAUAAAGUAUAAACUCAGAGGUUUUCCCACUUGAAGUUUGUCCUGCUACUGGGUUUCAAAUUGGUUCAGUUUUGCUCAGUGCUGAUCUUGUUGACGGCGUCGUUUUGCUUUCGAUCAUGACGUCGGGAACAAGGAUUCCGACGUGGAAGGAGAGGGAGAACAACAAGAGGAGAGAGCGUAGGAGAAGGGCCAUUGCUGCUAAAAUAUUCGCCGGAUUAAGAAUGUACGGUAAUUACCAACUCCCUAAACAUUGCGAUAACAAUGAAGUUCUUAAAGCCCUCUGCAACGAAGCCGGCUGGACUGUCGAGCCGGACGGUACCACCUACCGCAAGGGCUGCAAGCCAAUGGAGAGAUUGGAUUUUAUAGGUGGUUCCACAUCAAUGAGUCCAUGUUCAUCUUACCAGCCGAGCCCUUUCACUUCCAACAACCCAAGCCCUGCUUCAUCUUCCCUGCAUAGUCCAGCUUCUUCCUCUUACGCUGCAAACCUGAACAUGGACGGAAAAUCCCUCAUCCCGUGGCUUAAAAACCUCUCUUCUGGAUCCUCAUCAGCUUCCUCCUCCAAGCUCCCUCAUUUUCAUAUUCUUACUGGCUCUAUUAGUGCUCCAGUGACCCCUCCUUUUAGCUCGCCAACUGCCCGAACUCCUCGAUUAAAAACUGAUGCUGGCUGGGCUGGAUUUCGCUACCCUUUCCUUCCCUCAUCUACACCAGCAAGCCCUGUUCGUCAGACCUUCACUGGUUCAGAAUGGCUUACUGGAAUUAGUGGACCACCUUCUCCAACAUACAGUCUUGUCUCGUCGAACCCGUUUGGCUUCAAAAUGGAUGGCCUUGCUUUAUCUCACGGUGGAUCUCGUAUGUGUACUCCUGGGCAGAGUGGUACAUGUUCACCUGCAAUUACUGCAGGCUUGGAUAAUACCGCUGAUAUUCCCAUGGCUGAAGUGAUUUCGGAUGAGUUUGCAUUCGGAAGCAAUGCAGGAGGUAUGGUGAAGCCGUGGGAAGGGGAGAGGAUCCAUGAGGAUUGUGGUCCAGAUGAUCUUGAGCUUACUCUUGGCAGCUCAAAGACCAGGUAAAACUUAGAAGUGUGAAAGCCAGCAGAUGGGCUUCUAUUAAACGAGGUAUGCUGGGGUUAAAAUGGAAAGGAUUUAGGCUGUUACAGGAGUUGCUGUUUUUAUUGCGUCCACACCUUCCCCUUCCCAAUCCAACUGUAAUCUCGUUUAAGUCAAGAAUACGGUUCUUAAUUAUGAGAGGAACUUUGAAAUCAGGACAUAAUGUUUGUGUUCUUUCAGUACUUUAGUGGUGGAUAAAAUUUUAUGACUGCCCUGAAGGAAAGAAACGGAAACCAGAGGAGGUGAUCACCAGAUUCUAUGGUUAUAUAUUCCAAUAAAUCUAUGGAAGAACAAUAGUUCUAUAUUA